ACUCCUCGCCCUCUUUUUCCUCAGCAUCGCUUUGAAAAUUACUCAAAACUCACCACCACCAUCUUCAAAACUCAUUGCCGGGAAGUGUCGGAAAUGUUAUUAUGAAACCCAAAAACCACAUAUUUAACCACCCAACACUCCAAACACUACAACAAAAAUGCAACAACCUUAACAACCUUAAACAAAUCCAUGCCCAAAUCAUAACAACUGGUCUUUCACUUCAAACAUAUUGCCUUAGUCACCUCAUUAACAUUUCCUCUAAAUUUGAUUUAACCUAUGCUUUCACCAUCUUCAAUUACAUCCCAAACCCAACAAUUUUCCUCUACAAUACUCUCAUUUCAUCAUUGAUUAAUCAUCAAAAUAGUGAAAAUAAAAUCCAUUUAGCAUUUUCACUUUAUAGUAAAAUUCUCACACACAAAAAUCUUAAACCUAAUGGUUUCACUUUUCCCUCACUUUUCAAGGCUUGUUGUUCUAACCCAUCAUGGUUUCAAUAUGGUUUGUUACUUCACACCCAUGUUUUGAAGUUUCUUCAACCACCCUUUGAUCUUUUUGUUCAAGGCUCUUUGCUUAAUUUCUAUGCUAAAUAUGGGAAAUUGUGUGUUUCUAGAUAUCUUUUUGAUCAAAUUGAUCAACCUGAUUUGGCUACAUGGAAUAUUAUUUUGGGUGCUUAUGCAAAUAGUUUUGAUGAUGCUGAAUUUUCCUUGGAAGCUUUGUGUUUGUUUCAUGAUAUGCAAGUGGCUAAAGUAAGAGCUAAUGAAGUUACAAUUGUUGCAUUGAUUAGUGUAUGUUCUAGUUUAGGUGCUCUUAGUCAAGGUUUUUGGGUUCAUUGUUUUGUGUUAAGGAAUAAGCUUAUGGUGAAUAGGUUUGUUGGAACUGCAUUGCUUGAUAUGUAUUCGAAAUGCGGGUGUUUGAAUCUUGCAUGCCAGAUGUUUGAUAAAAUGUCUGAUAGAGAUAGGGAUACGUUUUGUUAUAAUGCAAUGAUUGGGGGUUUUGCUAUUCAUGGUUACGGGAAUCAAGCGCUUGAGCUUUAUAGAAAGAUGAAAUUAAAGGGUUUAGUUCCAGAUGAUGCGACAUUUGUGGUUACGAUGUUUGCAUGCUCUCAUGUUGGAUUAGUGGAAGAAGGGUUGGAGAUUUUCAAUUCCAUGAAGGAGGUUCAUGGGGUAGAACCGAAACUCGAGCAUUACGGAUGUCUGAUUGAUCUUCUGGGUCGAGCUGGGCGGUUAAAGGAAGCGGAGGAUUGGUUACGAGAUAUGCCGAUGAAACCAAAUGCGGUAAUUUGGAGGUCUUUACUUGGUGCAGCAAGACUUCAUGGAAAUUUAGAUAUGGGAGAAGUUUCUCUCAGAAAGUUAAUAGAGUUGGAACCAGAAACUAGCGGAAACUAUGUUCUUUUGUCGAAUAUGUACGCUAACGUUGCUAGGUGGAACGAUGUGAAGAGAGUGAGGAUGUUGAUGAAACAUCACGGUGUUAACAAGUUGCCGGGUUUUAGCCUAGUGGAGAUAAAUGGUGCCAUGCACGAGUUUCUUACAGGUGACAAAACUCAUCCGUUUUCAAAAGAAAUAUAUUUGAAGAUCACGGAGAUUAAUCGAAGACUACAAGAAUACGGUCACAAUGCGAGAACAUCAGAGGUUUUGUUUGAUGUAGAAGAAGAAGAUAAGGAAGGUGUACUUUCUUACCAUAGUGAAAGACUAGCCAUAGCGUUUGCUCUUAUAGCGUCCCCUUCGACUUCAGCUAUAAGAAUUAUCAAGAACCUUCGAGUUUGUGGCGAUUGUCAUGCGUUUACGAAGCUAAUAUCGGCGGUGUAUGGAAGAGAUAUUAUAGUUAGAGAUCGAAAUCGGUUUCAUCAUUUUAAAGACGGGAGUUGCUCUUGUCUGGAUUAUUGGUGAUAACAAUUCUAAAUUCACCUCACAGCAAAAUCAAUACAUGAAUGAAAAUAUAUAGUUUCCUACAUUCAUUUGAAAUUCAUUUAAUAUAUAAUAUCAUAUAGUUACAUGAGUAACAGAAGCUAUGCAGUGGAGUUUAAUAAAGCAUGUAGUGCUGAUAUAAAAUGAUAAGGAUUUGAAAUGUUAAAGGAAAGGAUUUCUUGGGUUGAGAUAAAGGAAAGGGAGUUAUAUUAUCUGAGAGGUAGUCUCUAAUAUUGGGUGAAUUAAAGGAGUUAGUUGCACUUGAUGAAGUGGUCUUCUGCAAAUCCAGAUUGAGUGUUACCAAAGCAAGUGAGGAAGGAUUCUGUCAUGAAGAGAUGAAGAGAGAAGCUAGGAAAAGGCGAUAUAUAAAAAUUGAUUCAUGAAAAUUGUUGGUUGAAUUUUUGUUCUCGAACACAAUAGCUGAGCUAUUUAAUUUGUCAUUCCCAAUUGUACUUGA